CUGCAGUCUAGGGAAAGUGUUCAGCCUUCUCUUCAGUCUUGCACAGGUGUAGCGGCUCCUCCCCUUCUGUCUUGCACAGGUGUAGCGGCUCUUCCCCUUCUGUCUUGCACAGGUGUAGCGGCUCCUCCCCUUCAGUCUUGUACAGGUGUACCAGCUCCAUCCCUUCAGUCUGGCACAGGUGUACCGGCUCCUCCCCUUCAGUCUUGUACAGGUGUACCGGCUCCUCCCCUUCAGUCUUGUACAGGUGUACCUGUUCCUCCCCUUCAGUCUUGUACAGGUGUA